CCGGAAAUAGACAUAUUUAUUUUUUUAAAAAUAAUUUUCGUUUAUCCAACUUGUCAUCAAGCUUCUCCUCUCAAUCCAAUCACUCAUAUCUCUGUUUCUCCCCAACACGCCAAAUUGAUUUUUUUUCAGACAUUACCUCUUCCUCUGUCUCCUCUAUUAUCGUUGCGGUCAAUAACAGAUUCCGAACCGUUUUUUAUCCAUUUUCGGAUCAUAAAUUCCACAAAAAAAAAAAAACCCUAACUUUCAAUUCAAUUCGAUUCGAUAAUUCUCUUCGUUGUUGAAUGGAGCUAAAAAGUCUCCUCCUUUCACCUCACCGGAGAAAAAAAUGGCUCCUUUUGAUUGCCCUCUCCGGCGUCUCCGGCUACGGAGCUUACAAAGUCUACCAUCUACCUUCCGUCACCAGAAAGAGACGACGCCUCACGAAGCUCCUCUCCGCUCUCCUCUCCGUCGCCGAACUAAUCUCCGAAUCAGCCGAGACCUUGACCACCGUCUCACGCGACCUAAACUCCUUCCUCACCUCAGAUUCCGACGAGAUCCCGAACAGCUUCAAACAGAUCGCGAAGAUCGCAACUUCCGACGAGUUUGCGGAUUCUCUCUCGAGGGUCUCUCAGGCUUUGACAGUCGGUGUCUCUCGUGGGUUAAAGUCUGAGUCUUGUAAUAACGGUUCGGAGGAGACGAGUUUUGUUGAUAAGGUUUUCUCGAAAGCUGGUUCUGGUUUUUUCUCUGUUGUUGUUGGUAGUUUUGCUAAGAAUCUUGUUCUCGGGUUUCGGUCCAAUGAGGGGGUGACACGUGGUGGUGAGGAUGAUGAUGAGGAGAGGAGGGGGACAACGCCUCAGUGGUUGUUGAGUUUGCUUUGUGAUGAUAAGUGUAGAGAGCUUUUGGCUGAUUGUAUUGAGAGGUUUACUAGCACAGCGGUGGCUGUUUAUUUAGAUAAGACGAUGGAUAUUAAUGCUUUUGAUCAGAUCUUUGAAGGGAUGACGAAUCCUAAGCAUGGAGAUAGUGUUAAGGACGUUCUUGUUUCGGUUUGUAACGGUGCGCUUGAAACUGUUGUAAGGACGUCUCAUGAAGUGUUUACUACAGCUUCGUCAAAGUCUAGUAGUGCCGUGAUAGAAGAGGUUGAAGAAGACGAUUGUGGUUCCUCGAGAAAUGGUUGGACCGAUGCUAUCUCAACUACGUUAGCGGUUCCAAGUAACAGGAGGUUUAUGUUUGAUGUAACGGGGAGAGUGACAUUGGAAACCACGAAGUCAAUUAUUGGAUUCUUGAUGUUGAAGACACUAGAAGGGUUUAGAAGGAGCUUUGAAGUGGUGCAGGGAGAGGUUACAGAGAGAGGACGCCAAGUGGUUGGGUAUGUUGGAGCUAAAGCUUCUGUUAUUGUCACGGUAUGGCUCGCUUUGUACUUGCACAUCAUAAGCCGCUGUGUUCGGAACUCUCCUAUAGGCGUAAACCAACACUUUUAGUACUACUUCAGAUGAAGAAGAACGGAUUGAUUUGUUUGGAUAUAUGAAAAUGUAUUGGUUAGGUACACGUGAUUCAUCAGCUUCCUUCUUACUAUAUUUUUCAUGGUUGGAGCUGAAAACAAUUUAUAUAAUGUGUGUAUGUAUGUGCACAAACUUAUUCUUAUUGAUCGAUUAUAGAUUAACUACGAUGGUUCUUGGAACAUUGAAGUUUGAAAUGUAAUAUUUCGAUCUUUACACUUCCUUGGACAAUGGCCUUUGCUGGUUAUAGAUUCCCAUUUGCCUAAAAUGGUGUUGUAGACAACUUUUGUGGUAGUGGGACGAACUUCGAC